AUGGCGGCAGCUGCAGCCAGCUUGGCUGAAGAUGACGACAGCCUAAGAGCGGUGAUAACAGAGCACUUUGUGAAUUGCCCUAUUUGUUUUAAGGAAUAUGACGAGCCGACAUCGUUGCCAUGUCUUCACUCUUACUGCAAGGGCUGUCUGAAGACGCACGUUGGUGAUUUGACCCCAGGGAGAACGUUCUCAUGUCCAGUAUGCCAGCGGGAGACGCGGGUCCCAACAGAAGGACUUGAGGGAUUCUCUCAUAAUUUCUACAUUGAAAGCCUACAGGACACCUUGCUGCAGCCCCCAAGGAAGAGAACUUGUGGUGCGUGUGCCUUAGCUACAGGGGCUGUUGUGGAUGCGACGUCCAAAUGCAUCAGUUGCCACGAGUAUCUGUGUGAGCAAUGUGCCCCUUACCAUUGCAGGACCAAGUUCACAAAAGAUCAUAAAAUCUUCACGCUUGAACAGUUGCGAAGUAAAGAAUACAAGGCAGAGAUCCAAGAACUGCAGAUUUUCCUAUGCCCAGACCACAAAGAUGAAGCCAUUAAGUACUUCUGUGAAAAGUGUCAGCGACCAAUCUGCCGUGACUGCAAGAUUUUGCUUCAUGAUGAUCACAAGUGCAUUUCUCUUGAUGCUGCUGCUGAAUCCGUGACACAAACCCUGCAAACUAAACUUGACCAUCUCGAAAAGAAGUUCAAAGAGGAAGAUGAGUUGUUGUUGGCUCUCGAGAAGAACACCAUUGAUGUCGAGGCAAAUAUUAAGCAACGGGCAGUACAUCUUCACAGUUUGGUUGACCAGCAAGAAAAAGUUCUCAUGGAAAAGGUACAUGCACAGAAAAAGUCCUUAGAUAUUAGCCUAGAACACCGCAAAACAAAUAAAGGUACCGUGGACUUGGUGAAAGGUUUCCUUGGCCAUGCUUCACCAGGGGAGCUUCUAAUGAUGCAGCAGCAACUGUGCGACCAGAUGGACAACCUUCAGUCCAGUUCCAGCUCCAGAAAGAUCCCACCACUGCUCUCUUUCCAGCUACAGACCAGGGAUGGGGUCGAGGAAGACCUAUUCAAGGGAAAGUGGUUUGGUGAUAUUGUGGAGGUCCAAAAUUUGGAAUUUAGAACCACAGAAAAAAAGGAAACUGACAUCUGGAACUGGUCAAUGUUGUCGGUGUUAGAGCCUCAAAAUGUGGUACAAGAUUCUCAAGAAAUGAUGCAAAUGUUGGAAAAACCAAGCUGUGGUGAAGAAAAGGAAGUUAGGACCCAGAAAAUGAGACCCCCUGCAAGGUGUGUUCAGGAGUUCAACACCAAUUGCAAGUACCCUGGUGCCAUUGUGGUUACAGGAGACCAAAAGUAUGCCAUUGCAGACUUCAACCGCGAGUCAGGACAGGUUUGUGUUUACCUUCAAACAGGAGAAUUUGAUGAAGAAAUCAUUGAAGCAGCAAACAACAAUGAGCUUGAUACAGUACAAGGUCUGUGUCACCUCCCCAGUGGUAGAACUGUCAUAUCAGAUUAUGAAAAUGAUAAAAUAUUUGUUAUGUCAAAACUUUGGAAGCCUGUGACAGUUAAGUGUAUUGAUGGACCAUGUGGUGUUGCUGUCAAUAGUAAGAAUCAUAUUGCUGUGGCACAAAUGCAUGAUCAGUGUAUCACCAUGUUUGACAUUGAGCCUAAUGGGAAAAUGACUGAAAUUUACCUUAUAGAACCAGAUGAUUUCCCAAGUCCAUUUUGUCUAGCUUAUACAAGUGAAGAUUUUCUUGUUGUAGGCCAUGUUAAUGAUGGCAGGGUUGAUAUCUUGAGUCCAUCUGGUGACAUAAUUUGUCAUUAUACAGGCCCUAGUAAUGACCUGAAAAAGCCACAGAGUAUUUGUGUGGAUAGAUAUGACAACAUAUACAUAGCAGAUAGGAGGAGGAAUUGUAUCCACAUUAUAUCUCCAGAGGGGCAGUUUAUUCAGUAUUUUGAAACUGAAAUGGGGGGUGUUAGUUUCAGGUUUCCUUGGGGGCUGGCAAUUGACCAAGAUGGAGACUUGGUUGUAGGGUUAUAUGGAGGGAAAGUGAAAGUUUUCUCUUUUCUGGAAUAGAAAGUAAACUCAAGGAGUUUAUGAAAUACAAGUAUUUAACUGCACAGAAAAUAAGAAACAAUACAUUCAAAAUGGUUGUGGAUUUGUGUGAUAAUGUGUCAAUAUUCCACGUAUUUUACAUUUUCCUUUCAAAGACAGACUCAUUGGUACUUAAGUGGAGAAUACUGAUAGUAGGUGGAGAAACACAAAAUAUAGUGGUAGUAUUGUGGGAUCUAUCAGUGGGUUGUGGAGAAAUUGUAUGAUGUGGGGAGAGGGAUAGUACUUAUAUAUAUGAAUAUUAUAACUAUGAACUUGUUUUUUGAAUUCCCAAGUUCCUUAUUUUUGAGACACUCAUAAUAAUUAUAGUUAAAAUUGAAGUUUAACUCAAAAACAUGUUUAUACUAGUAGAUGAUUAAGAGCAAUUGUUAAAUAUUUCCAGGUAUAUGAAUUUUUAUGUGAUAAUUUGUGCAUUGUGUAGUGCAUAAAGGCCCAGUCACAAUGUCGGCGAUCUGUCGAGGAUUAGUUUUGGCCGGGGGUCGUCGUAGAAAAUAAAGA